AUGCUGACGAUUCCUCCAAAAACAUUUGAUGAGAAGUUCAUAUCAAGAACAGGCUAUCCGGAGACCUUUUGGUUUGCUUUGUCCAAUGCCUUGGAGUAUAUGGAGAAUCGGAGGCUCGUGCUUCAGGAACAUGCCCAACGCAGAAAGAUCCGACCAGAUGCAUCCGAACACAGAUUUGCAAAAAGUCACAGCCCUAGUUUUGCUGGCCCUGUUCCAAAACAUCAUUCUGAUGAAGUGUUGGAUGACCUCGCCUGCUUUUGUUCCCAAGGAGCUGAUUUCAACCGGUCCUUGGCAAAGAAUGAACCCUGGAUUCCUGGAUGUCUUCUCUUCCCCCAGAGCUAA